CAACAACACCACCGCUCGCCUGCUCUCACCGACCAGCGCCGCGCCACUCCUCCGCCGGAUCUCCAGCAUGCAGCCCUCCUCCUCGUCCUCCUCCGCUCACCCGCCCGACCAUCCCAACUCCAAGCCCCCGGCCCCGCCGGCCCCCGCCAUGGGCUACCCCGCCCCCAACGGGAACCCCAGCGCCUACUUCGCCGCCGCGCCGCCCGCCGCCGCCGCCGCCAACGGCUCCGCUCCGGCGACCUUCGGCGUCGCGUACCCCUACCCCGCCCCUCCUCACCACCAUCACCCGCCGCCGCACCACCACUACCCGUAUCCCCCGCCCCCGCCGACGCACCACCACUACGCGGCCCACCCGCCGCCGCCGCCCACCUGCCUGCGCCGCCUCCUCGCCGCCGUCGUUGGCGCCUUCCUUCUCCUCGGCGCCGCCACCUUCAUAGUCUGGCUCCUCCUCCGCCCGCGCGCCCCGGCCUUCUCCCUCACCUCCCUGGCCCUCUCCCGCGUCGCUUACUCCCCCGCCAACUCCUCACUCUCCGCCUCCUUCGACGCUGCCCUCCUCGCCGCCAACCCCAACGCCAAGCUCUCCGUCGCCUACUUCUCACCCCUCGCAUCCGUCUCCUUCGCGCCCUCCUCCCCGCUCGCCGUCGCCUCGCUCGCGCCCUUCGGCCAGGGCCCCGGCAACACCACCACGAUCGCCUUCCGCCUCGUCGUAGAGGAUGCCUACGUCGGGCCCGACGACGCCGCAGCGCUCAAGACCGGCGCCGGGGGCGCUGUCGACGUCGAGGUCAGGCUCAUGGCCGUCGCCGUCUUCGACAGAGGUGGCUGGCGCACGCGCCGGAGGGUCAUGAGGGUUAUGUGCGAUGGCGUCAAGGUGGUUUUCCGCGGGAAGAAUUCCACUGAGGCGGCCUUCGAUGGGCCGCCAAGAAGGUGCGAUGUCGUGUUGUGAAGGAGUUAAGGAUCAUCAUAACAGGUUUGCUGACUACUCUGGAUGCUGAUCGGGGGGUACAAGAAGCUAACUGGCACAAUGGGGGUGCGUUUAUCUGCAUUUGAUUUGAUGAGCAAUACUCAAGCUGGGUAACCAUGCUUUUAUCUGGCUGUAAUAGGAGUAGCGAGUGAGAGAAGUCUGGAAUGAUCCAUAUGCUUGGUGGGUAAUGAGUGGUCUGUGUAGCUUCAACAGAAAUGUUUGUGAAAGUUACGGUAAGAAUUACUGUGCACGCGUGGUGGUUAACUGGUUUAUGUGGGCGUGUGCUAUGGAGCCUCUCAUGAGUCAUGAAACGAAUCGGUGUACAUUGAACUAGCGCUUGGAAUGAAGCCCUGCCAUUCUUGGAGAUGGAUGGCUGGAUCCUGU